AUGCAUGGUAAUCAUCAUGGUACAUUCAUAAGCCGCGCAUUCACAAAUUUCAAGAAGUUCCAUGAAUGUGCAAAAAUGCAUAUGAAUUUUGAGUGGCAUAAAGAUGCGAUAGAAAAGUCAAAUAAUUUCAUUAGUGUUGUGACAAACAAAACUAAAAGUGUGGAAGAACUCACCAAUGAGAAUCUUCUGAAAUUAGUACAAACUAAUCGUGCAAAGUUAAAAUCAAUUGUUUCUUGUGUAUUGUUUUGUGCAUUACAUGACUUACCUUUAAGAGGAGAAACAAAUUCAAAUGCUGCAUUUGAUGAUUUGUUACAAUUUAGAUUAGAGUCAGGUGACAAAACACUGUGGAAACGUUUUGACUUUGGCAGACAAAUGGAUAUUGCAGGCACAGAACAACUUUAUCUUUCUGCGCAUUAUUUUGACCAUGCAACUAAUGUUGUCAGAGAAGACUUCCUUGGAUUUACACCAUUAGCAAGGUUAGAUGUAAAACAUAUCUCCAACACAAUAAUAUCUACUUUAUCUGCUUGGGGUUUAAAUCUAGAUAAAAUGGUAGGACAAGGCUACGAUAGGUGCAGUACGAUGGCCGGUAAAAUUGGCAGAGUACAGAAGAUAAUUGCUGAGAAAUAUCCCAAGGCUCGCUUCUAUCGUUGUGCUAGCCAUAGACUUAAUUUAGUUGUGAAUGAUUUGAACACCUUACCAGAGGUUAGAAAUGCCAUUGGUACUUUCAAAGAAGGAAUUUCUUUUUUCCGGGGGAGCACGCAAAGGAAAGUCCUAGUUGGGAACCUUCAAAAACUGUGUGAGACAUGCUGGUCUGAGAAGCAUAAGUCUAUGAGGAAAUUUAAUGAUAAGUUUUUAGAAAUUGUUGAAGCAUUAGCAAUUUUACAUAAAGAAGGAGAUCGUGAAACUAGUCAGAAAGUCUGGCAACUUUACUGCACACUUACUUCUCCAACAUUUAUUCUUACAUUAAAAGUCAUAGCAAAAUAUUCAGCCAAACUAGAACCUGUGACCAAUAUCCUACAAUCAGUAAACAUUAACUUGUUAGUAGUUUCAGAAUACAUUCAAGGAACUGUAAAAAUGUUAUUGGAUGACAGAGAAAAUGCGGAAGCCGAAUUUGAAAUGAUAAUGAAAAGUGCUGAAAGCAACUAUAGUGCACUUGGAAUAGAUGUCACUGUCCAGUCCUUGCAAGAACGGUUUUCAGAAGAUAACAAGGCAUCUUUUGAGAUUUUCUGCUUGCAUCCAAAGGUAAUGAAAUCCCAAAGCAACCUAGAUAUGAAAAGGAUAAUUGAAAAUGUCAAAAGAUUUUAUGGCGAUCUUUUAGAUAACUUUACUGAAGAAGCACGGACAUGGAUCAGUAUGUGGAAAUGCAAUAAAGUAACUGAAGGAGAUAUUGCUCAAUUAAGCCUGACUGAUCUACUAGACAAAGCCAAAUUCAUACCCGCCGUAGCUUCAGCCUUUAAGAUAGCCCUUAGCUUACUGGCAAGCACCUGCUCUGCGGAAAGAUCGUUCAGAGUAAUUGAAGAGGGUUACACUGUUUGA